UUAACUGAAACAAACAAGUUGAUAAUUAGUUUUGUUUUUGAAUAAUUUGACGUUUUCUUUGUCAAUGUUCAACUCCCGACAUUUUUUUCCUCUACCAAAACCGUACACGCAAAUUACUCGAUAAUGUAAUGAUGAUAAAACGCAGUCGAAGUGAAUUAAACCUAACAGCGAAACAAACGCGUCGAUACGAACGCCGGCGUGAAUCCAAACCGAGCCAGAAAGAAAACAGAAAGAUGAAUCCGCUUGUCAAGAGUUUAGAGUCAACUUUACAUGAAACACACACAACUAAACUGAAAUCCUCACUGAAAAAAGCGCAGCUUCAUCAAAUGGAUGAAGCAAAGAAAGAAAACAAACAGUUAUUAAAUGUGCUGCAACAACAGUGCAGUAAUCAUGAUUUAGGACGUUCAGAUAUAAGUCCAGCAUAUUCAACUGUGAGUAUGGUUCACUUACAGUAUAAAUAUGAAGAGUUAUUGUCCAGUCAUGAAGGACUGCUGAAAUUAUUGGAGACGAAAGUGAUGGAGGUGCGUAAAUGUUACAUAGAGAAUGAAAACCUGCAUAAUGAGAUCAAAACGUUGAAGAAUAAGCAUGAAGAUAUGGAGAAAUCAGUGCGGCUUGUCUGUGAGAAGUAUCUGAAGCUAAAACAGCGUAAGGAGAGGAAAAUAUGUAAGGUGAAGUUCGAGAGGGAUACGAUUAAGUUAGCGCAUGAUAAAUUAGUGCAUUUGUUGCAUCGAAAAUGCAUGGAAGAGGAUGAUUUGAUGGGGAAACAGUUGUGUAUGUCGAUGGAGAGUAGUAGAAGUCUGCUGAUAAGCGAAGUACGUCGUGCGAAUAAGUUACAGUAUGAUAAUGCGAUGUUACUACAACAGAAUGAGUUUCUGCAUGCGAAAUUACAGGCUAAUUUUAAUUUUAAUAAGAAUAAAGAGUAAUAUUAGAAU